AUGAAUGAUGCGGAGGGAGGAGGAGGAGACGGUUGCCACCGCCGCUGCUCCUGUGAACAAAUCCACUGCAACCCCUCCAGCACCGGCAGCGGCGGCGGGGAAAGCGGCUUUGCCUUGGUGAGCUUACAUCACAAUCCCGGCUCGGGUUGCUGCUGCUGCUGCUUCUCUCAGCAGCUGCACGCAGGCGGCUCGCCUCUCGGCAAGCCCGGCGGCGGGCGACGGAGGCGGCGGCGGCAGCAGCAGCAGGAGAGGAUCAUGCCCACGGGCGGAGCCGCCAAGGGCCAGGCGCCCCCCGGAGCCGGUCCGCCCGAGCCCGCUCGCCCUCGCGGCCGGGGCCCUGCCGCUGCCUCGCUGCCCCGGCGGGGCGGCCCGCUGCUGCGCUGGGACGAGGUCCCCGACGACUUCGUGGAGUGCUUCAUCCUGUCGGGCUACCGGCGGCUGCACUGCACGGCGCAGGAGUGCCUGGCGUCGGUGCUGCAGCCCACCAACGAGACGCUCAACUUCUGGACGCACUUCAUCCCGCUGCUGCUCUUCGCCGCCCGCUUCUGCCGGCUGCUGCUGCUGCGCGGCGCGGGCCACGACCUGCCCUUCCACCACCCGGCGCUGCUGCCGCUGUGGUGCUACGCGUCGGGCGUGCUGCUCACCUUUGCCAUGAGCUGCACGGCCCAUGUGUUCAGCUGCCUCUCGCUGCGCCUGCGCGCCGCCUUCUUCUACCUGGACUACGCCUCCAUCAGCUACUACGGCUUCGCCAGCACGGUGGCCUAUUACUACUACCUGCUGCCGGGGCUGAGCCUGCUGGAGCCGCGCGCGCUCAGCCGCUACCUGCAGCAGCGCCUGGGCUGGCACGUGGACUGCCGCGCGGCCCUGGCGGCCUACAGCGCGCUGGUGCUGCCCGUGGCCUUCGCGCUGGCCGUGGCGUGCACGGUGGCGUGCUGCCGGAGCCGCUCCGAGUGGUGCGCCUACCCCUUCGCCAUCCGCACCUUCGUCUUCGUCAUGCCGCUCAGCAUGGCGUGCCCCAUCAUGCUGGAGAGCCUCCUCUUCGACCUGCAGGGCCACAACCCCACCCUCUUCGCCUACUUCUACCGCCGCUACUUCUGGCUGCUGGUGGCCGCCUUCUUCAACGUCAGCAAGAUCCCCGAGCGCAUCCAGCCGGGCCUCUUCGACAUCAUCGGCCACAGCCACCAGCUCUUCCACAUCUUCACCUUCCUCAGCAUCUACGACCAGAUGUUCUACGUCGAGGAAGGGCUGCAGCAAUUCCUGCGAGCUCCCGCGCCGGCCUUGCCCACCUUCGCCGGCACCAUCGGCUACAUGCUACUCUUGCUAUUGUGUCUGGCCCUGGUCGUCCGGAGGUUUUUAAACGUCCAGGAAGCCUGCAAAGACGAUUGAGGCCUUCUUUGGAAGCUAGUUGGAAAAGUAGCUGAAGUUAAAAAUGACAG